AAAAUUCAGUGAACAAACCCUGGUUGUGAUUGACUCUGUGUUAACACUCCCAGAUCCAGGGAAGCCUCCGGAAUGGAGAUUUUAACAAAGCUUUACUGAUUACUCGUUCAUGUUCUAUUGAGCUGACAACAUGGAUACAGACGUCUUCCUGAGGAGGCAGUAUGUUAUGUAUCGUAGUAUAGUGAAUAUAGGCUGUCUGAUCAGAGAGCUCAAGCUUUCUAAACCUCUUCAUUACAAACAGAGGAUCAAAGAAGAGGUUAAUAAACUGUUAGAUUUGAAGGCGCAGCUAGGAGAUGGACCUACUCAGAAAUAUGUCCUCAAAACUGCAAAGGGUACCAGGGAUUACACACCCAGGCAGAUGGCAAUCAGAGAGGGUGUUUUCAAGGUGAUCAUAGAUACCUUCAAACGCCAUGGAGCCGAGACCAUCGACACACCGGUCUUUGAGCUGAAGGAAACCCUGACAGGGAAGUACGGGGAAGACUCCAAGCUCAUCUACGAUCUGAAAGACCAAGGAGGGGAACUCCUCUCACUCAGAUAUGAUCUCACUGUUCCGUUUGCUCGCUAUGUGGCAAUGAAUAAGAUUGCCAAGAUCAAGAGAUAUCACAUAGCAAAGGUUUAUAGGAGAGAUAACCCUGCAAUGACCAGAGGAAGAUAUAGAGAAUUCUACCAAUGUGAUUUUGACAUCGCUGGUCAGUACGAUGCCAUGAUACCUGAUGCCGAGUGUGUAAAGAUCGUCCAUGAGAUCCUUACAAACCUCAAAUUAGGAGACUUCGUUAUCAAGGUAAAUCACAGGCAGAUAUUGGAUGGAAUGUUUGAAGCAUGCGGUGUACCAGAAGAUAAGUUUAGGAUGGCAUGUUCAGCAGUUGACAAGCUCGACAAGACUUUCUGGGAAGAUGUGCGAGCUGAAAUGAUAGAUGAGAAAGGAAUUGAUCCGGUGGCAGCUGACAGGAUCGGUGUCUUUGUCCAACAAAAUGGUGGUCAAGAACUGGUUGAUAAACUAUUGAAUGAAUCAGCUCUCAAGGAUAACAAGUCUGCUAAACAAGGUCUGGAAGCUAUGAGACUACUACUCAAGUACUGCGAGAUCUUUGGCGUGCUUGACAAGGUAUCCUUCGACAUGAGCUUAGCGAGAGGAUUGGAUUAUUACACAGGUGUGAUAUAUGAAGCCGUGCUCAAGGGGGCGGAGUGCUUACCGACCAAGACGGGGGAACAGGUGGGCGUCGGUUCCGUCGCCGGUGGUGGUCGCUAUGACAACCUUGUGGGCAUGUUUGAUGCCAAGAACAAAAAGGUACCUUGUGUUGGCGUUAGUAUCGGUAUCGAGAGAGUGUUCUCCAUAAUGGAAGCCAAGGCUCAACUCUCGGAGGACGUUGUGAGGACGAUUGAGACACAGGUCCUGGUCGCUUCAGCUCAACCCAACAUGCUUGAAGAGAGAAUGAAACUAUGUAAUGAACUAUGGUCAGCUGAUAUCAAGGCUGAGAUGUCAUACAAGAAAAACCCUAAGAUGUUAGAUCAGUAUCAACAGGCUGAGAAGUACAGUGUUCCUCUACUAGCCGUCAUAGGUGAACAAGAGCUCAAGGAUGGUGUCGUCACUCUUAGAAAUUCUGCAACAAGGGUGGAGGAACAAAUACCACGAUCUGAUCUUAUACGAGUCAUAAAAGAGAGAUGCGAUGUGGAGAACUGGUAGAUAGACUACAUGGAGUUGUCUAACAAGUUGAAAUGAGCUUUAUAGAAUUAUUUUAUUGCUAUUAUUUGUUGAGGAUCGCACAGGCAAUAAUGAGCAGGGAUGGAGUCGAGGCGGGUAGUCGCGAGUCACGAGUCCGCUGGAUAUAUAGCCUUCAUCCAUAGUCUUUGUACAUGUGUCUCAUCCCGAGGCCAUGGCCAAGGCCGGCAAAACAUGACCUCAAAGCCUGCCUUGACUACGUCCCUGUUGAUAAGGAAGUUUCCAGUUAAACUCUUGUCUGCGAUGUCCUUGAAUAUACAUGUAUAUUUAAAGCAGAUACGAACCAAUAGCGCCAUCUCGAGUCCUCGACUACUCAUACCUGGCCAGUUUCCAGACCCAUGAUGCUAGUGUAGUCUAGUAAUAUAAACCCACUUGCAUGGUAACAUGGCUAAUUAACUACUCAAUACAUUUAUACCACAAUAAUUAUGUUCCCAAGUAGCAAAACAAUUACUUUUCUGCUCAAAACAUUUUAAUUUCUCUAUACAAAUGCAAUUAUAGGUCAACUUAUUCUCUGUAGUAUUAGUAGAUAUCGGGGACCCGUUGCAUGAAACUUUUGCCAUAAAACCAAUUUUUUUUUUGCCAGAGCUUUCAAUGUGUAAUUUUCAAUGGCAUAAUUUUGUUUGCCAGAGUUUUUAUGGCAAAAAGUUUUAUGCAACGGGUCUCAGGGACCAGAAUAAUGUAUUUACAACACACAGUCAAUGAGAGACCACAUACAGUUCACUCCCCCUUUAAAAGCAUGGAAAUAUUCAUUUGUGUGAGCCAAGAGUAAUUAAUUCCAAAGUUGAAAGGGAUGUGACAUGACUAGCUUUCACUUCCUUUCCAGAAUCUAAUUAUUCUUACACAUGGGUAUCAUUGAAAACACUACAUGUGAUCGGUAACAUUAGAUCAACUUGGUAUGUAUUCCAAGGUAUUGAAAGUGUAGAUAUGACUUAAUCCAUUAAAACUGCAUUUUAUAUUCCAUUAGUUAUGCUGUGAGUCCAGCUCAUAUAUACUCAGACAUUUCUUUUCUUUCUUUUUUUUCAUUUUCAGUGGCUACUUUUUAUAUAAC